GGUGCAACUAGAUACCAAUGAAGAUAGAAAUCUUCGAGCAACUGUACAUAUUGGUUUCUUCCUUCCCUUCCUUCUCAAGAAAUCUCUGCUGAAAAGUUUCCAUAUAAUUUUUUUCUCAAUCUCCAAUUCUGAGAUUUUCCUCAAAAAUUCACGUUUCCCCUUUACGAGAUCUUGAUUUGAAAUCGCUGAACAAUUUUAGAAUAAUGGAUCAAAAUCAAUUCGCGAACGAGUUCAUUAGUUCUUACUACCUCCAGCAAUGGCGCCAUAAUUCUAAAACCCUAACCCUAACACCCUUUAACGAAUCGGAUUCUGGGCGACCCGACACGGAAGAUGAAGACGACAGAGAAGAGUGUCCGACGGAGCUCGACACGGUGAACAGUUCGGGCUGGUUCUCCGUGGUGGGCCCUGAUAAACUGUCGGUGUUGUACCCGAAUGCGAAUUUGCACGAUCAUGAUGUUGGAGUGGUUCAUGCUAACCGUACCGCUCCGUCGAAGCAGCUGCUUUACUACUUCGAAAUGUACGUGAAGAACGCCGGAGCCAAGGGCCAGAACUCCAUUGGAUUCGUCACUUCUGACUUCAAAGUCCGACGCCAUCCUGGUUGGGAACCAAACAGUUAUGGAUAUCGUGGUGAUGAUGGGCUGCUUUAUCAUGGACCUGGAAAGGGAGACUCAUUUGGUCCAACAAACACAACUGGUGAUACAAAGUACACUACCGGUGAUACAGUUGGUGGUGGUAUCAACUACGCUGCACAAGAAUUCUUUUUCACGAAAAAUGGGGUUUUAGUGGGAUCCGUUUACAAGGAUGUUAAGGGUCCUGUAUUUCCUACUGUCGCUCUUCAUAGCCAAGGCGAGGAGGUUACUGUCAACUUUGGAAAGGAUCCAUUCGUUUUUGAUAUUAAGGCAUAUGAGGCAGAGCAAAGAGCAAAACAGCAAUAUGAAAUUGACAGUAUUUCAUUGACACUGUCUGCUAGUCAUGGAUUAGUUCGUUCCUAUUUACAGCAUUAUGGGUAUGAAGGAACGCUUGAAUUGUUUGAUAUGGCUAGUAAAAGUACUGCUUCUCCAAUUUCCUCCCUUCCAGAAAAUGGGUUCAACGAGGAAGACAUGUAUGCAAUGAAUCAGAGGAGGACUCUUCGUCAGCUAAUAAGUCGUGGCGAGAUUGAUGAAACAUUUGCUAAACUCGGUGAAUGGUAUCCUCAAAUUGUGCAGGAUGACAAGUCUUCUAUCUGCUUUCUGCUACAUUCUCAAAAAUUUAUUGAGCUUCUCAGGGUUGGGAAGCUGGAGGAAGCUGUGCGGUAUGCAAGGACUGAGUUUGGAAAGUUCAAGAGGAGUUCAGAGUUUGGUGACCUAGUCAAGGAUUGUUCUUCUUUGCUGGCAUACGAAGAGCCUGACAAGUCCACUGUUGGAUACCUUCUUAGAGAGUCUCAACGGGAGCUUGUGGCUGAUGCAGUUAAUGCAAUGAUCUUGGCAACAAAUCCUAAUGUGAAAGAUGCAAAAUGUUGCUUGCAAUCACGUCUCGAGAGGUUACUAAGACAGCUUACUGCUUGCUUUUUGGAAAGAAGGUCCAUGAAUGGAGGUGGUGAAGCUUUCGAUUUGCGUAGAAUUCUCAACAGUGAACCAUUUCCAUCCAGUGAUAAGGCCGCUUUAGAUGAAUACGAGUUAAGGCCUCGAAUAGCCACUCCAUUCGCCAAGUCUGCUUAUUUUACACACAAAAUUGGGAGCACUGAAGGUCUUGAGAUUGUACUGUUAGUUACAGAAUUUGAUGUAUUUAGACCUGUUAGAAUCAUAACAUUGUGAGUGUAAACGAUGACUUCUAGUUUUUUUUU